AUGGUUUCGAAGCACAAAGCAGGAAGUGGGUCGACGAUCUCGACCGCCUUCACCCAACUACUACAUUCGUACAUCGAUGAGACGCCGAGUUCGCUACUGUUGAUUGACUCAGUGCUAGUUUUCCUGAUCGGCUCGGCAAUCAUCCAACUGCUUUACUGCGUGGUGGUUACCAGCUUCCCGUUCAACGCUUUCCUGGGCGCGUUCUCGGUUCAUGUCGGACAGUUCGUCCUCCUCGCUAGCUUGCGCUCGCAGGUCAAUCCCCUCAACUCUGCUCAAUUUGAAUUUGUUAGCCCUGAAAGGGCAUUUGCAGACUUUGUCUUUGGCUCAUUAGUCUUACACUUCUUUGCAUUCAACUUCCUAGGAUAA